AUGACAUGGAGAUCAGUCAAAAAGUUCUGCCAAGACGAAUACCCAGGGAUGGUAUUCCGAAACGACGCGGCCCGGAAGGCGUUCGUCAUCAGGCAGGGCCUACGACUCCAGGCAGACGAUGCUGGUGUCGAAGGCGUCGUGACGGCCAAGGACUCGGACGAUGUUAAGGAGCUGAAGGUCGGCAAGCGGAUCGCAGCAUCGAAAAUCAGAGCCCAGCACUUGGAGGAUGCUGCAGACAUGUCGAGGGAGCAGAUCAACCAGAUGCAUGCCAAGAACGCUGCGCAGCUUGCUGUGGAAGUGAAUGAUGAGGACGAAGUUGCGGCGACCAAGGCGGGCCAGAGCAUGGAUGAUGAUCCCUCGCAGAAAGGCGAGCGACAAGGCGAGGACGAUGAUGAGAGCAGCUCCUCCCAGUUUGGCUUUGCUGCCCCCAAAGCUCGAGUGCGGAGCAAAACCAAGCCGAGCAAGCCAAGCUCUGAUAUUGGUUUGAAGGCUUCGAAGAAGCUGCCAGCCGGAUCGCCGCUCAAGCCCAAGCCGACGCUUGCUGCGCCAGCAGCCAUGCCAGCUGAGCUGGGUAACCUCAAAAAAGCGGUGCAGGCUGUCAAAGCCCUUGAUCCAAGCUUGAUCUGGAAGGGUGCUGUGAAGGAUGCCGAGAUCAAGGCACGGUUCAAGAAAGCGGCCGAUCUUUCCUCUGCCUUGGAAAAGGAGGCAGUGUCGCUGGAAGAAGGUUCCGAGACGGCCCAGGUAGUCCGGACAGCCCUCAACGAGGCCACAGAAGUCACCAACAGUGCCCAGAUUGUGCUUGAAGUUCUGGGCAAGCUGCGGGGCAACAGGCAGGUCCUGCCUCUUUUGCAGGAUGCAGAAUUUGCCGCUGAGCUCACGAAGGCUUUGCAAGCCCCGGCCAUGGAUGCAGACACCCUGGCAGCUAUCCUCAGCUACCUGGGCUCAAAGGUUGCAGCAGAGGGCGGGCCUCGCUGGCUUCUUCGGAUGGUCAGUGUCGGCGACCCGACACAUGUGCAGAGGCCGGAAAAGGCUGAGGACUCUGAGGAGUUCAAGACAAUCUGGAGUUUCCAUGAAAUCUUCGAUGUGGCCGACAGAGUCGACCAGAUGUUGCUCCGGGCCCAGAGCAGUGCCACGUAUGCUUGGAUUGAGAACAUCAAGACUAUGGAGCAGCUGGACGAGGCCAUCGUGCAUUUUCCUCCGCCCGUUGGUUUGGUGCAAUGCCCUGACGUCUUGAGGGCCGGCGUAAAGCCCGGUGCACCGAGCCUGGAGGGAUUGCAGCCGGACUUUGGCAACACGGCUGGGCUCAACAUCCAGGUUUUCACAGAUUGGCAACGGCUGCUGAGUGCAAUCUACAUCCGUGAUUAUGAGAAGCAGGGCUCUGCUUUGCCGAACGGGGUGAAAGUUUUCAUGAAGGAGGCCAAGGGAGCCCUUGAAGGCCAAACUUUGGUCUCUCAGGCAAAGCAGAGUGCUGCGGCAGUGCGAGGCUUGCUGGAGGCCUACACGGCGGCCGAGGAGAAGGGCAUGCAAGAUGAGGCCGUCGCAGUCGUGCACGAGAAGCGGGGUGCAUGCUCAUCGAACUUGCGAGGGCUUCUGUCCGACGUGAAAAGGCUGACAGAGUGCAGUGAAGGCAGCAAGGAAGCGACGGAGGCGCACGAGGAGCUCAGCGCCAGCCUGAAGUUGCUAGAAGAUCUCUGUGACGGCCCUCGUGUGCAAAAGGCUGUGAGUACGGCGGAGGCAGUGAUCGGAAAGUUCUGGGCAGCUGGGCAGGGGGGCCAGGCAGCUCCCAUCCGCUUGGCAUCCAGCCCCGUCGACGGAUCUUCGUGGCUCCCGUCGGCUGAGGAUGACUCUAUCGCGAUGUGGUUCCAAAGCCUUGCGGCUCUUUGCUUUUGCUCCUUCUUCAAGAUCUUCGGUGGGAUGACGAUGCGAUUCAAAGAGGCUCUAUGUGUGCAUGACUUCCUUCUGAGGCUGAAAGGCUUCUUCGAGGGGGUUGCAACCUCCGAGGAUGAGCCGGGGCUUUUGAAGCACGCGUGCGAGUUGUACUUUGAGUUGGACAAGAUGUUAUCUCCGUUCAAGUCUCCGGAUUCCAAUGCUCAGCAGCCUGAGCCGGCUGCUGUGGGUGCAGCGGGCCGCUUGCGGGCUUCCAUCGCCUCAGCUGCCAAAACUUGGAUUGGCAGCUUGAUGCAGACUAUGUCCGUGGAAGAGGUUGUGGCCAAAGUCAAUGAGACUUUGCCGGCGCAGACUGCGGAGAUCAAAAGUGCCGUGGCCAGCCUGAACUUGGCCAAAGAGUUGGCCAUUGGGCUUCCAAAGGUGUCGGAGGAAGCUUCCUCCGAGGUGCUGGUCGCGGCCAUGCCGGUCUACAUCAAAGCAAAGUCUGUGGACGAGCACCUCCUGGACCCCUCAACGGUGGAAAAGAGCCAUGAGUUUUGCGUGAAGGUGGACGCCCGGCUCGAGGAAGAGGUGGAGUCCUUGAUGCAAUCGGUGGCCGAGCUUGACAAGUUGGCCUUCAAGUACAGGCCGGUGAAGCAGCACGCGUAUGCCUGGGACAUGAAAGAUGUCAUGUGGAUGUUUGACAACUCCGAAGAGGUUGAUGCCGAUACCAAGCUGCUGUUGCAGUUGCGAAGCGAGGUGACCGAGACUUGCAGAUCGGCGGAGAAGAUUGGCUCCAUGUUGGAGGCAGUGCCGGCGAACGAUCAUGGGCAGAAGCUCCGGAAGCUGUGCGCCCAGGAGCUGCGGGGAGACGUUGCGUUGACGAUUAGCACCAUGCUCGCUUGCGACGUGGUCUUGAAUGCCAAGCAUGCUGGGAAGCAGAAGCUCGUUUGCGCCGAUGUCUUCAAGUACAUGGGCUCCACCUUGGGCGUCACGAAGCGCGAUCUCUCCAACGUUUCCGGCAAGCUGAUGGCCCAGCUCCAACAGUUCGAAGAGCCGCAGGCGGCGAAGAAGCGCUCGAUGCAACUUGCAUCCAUAGCCCAUAGCCGUAGCCGAAUGAACAAGGUCCGGUCUGUGAGUGGGAGUCUGUGUUGCAGGGCUGUCGGUUUGUAA